GUUUGAUCGUCAUGUAAACAAUCGACUAAACAUCGUUUAUUUAAAACCUAGUAAUGGCUUCGACCAAUUCUACUGAUUAUGUGAUACAAAAUAACAUUUUAAAAUCUUUGGAGGUUCUCGAGAGAAAAGCUAGAAAAGAUUGGGAUAAAAAGUGGAAGUUCUAUCUAGACUUCAAUAAAUUUAUAUUAGACGAAGCCGCUAAACUAGGUUAUACUGAAAAAGAGUAUAAACGAAUUGUGCAACAAUACAAACACAAACCUAUUUUUUAUCAAGAGGAGUCCGUUACUAUUCCAGUUGAACCUACACAAUUUGUACCUAAAACUUCUUCAGCUUUUGUAGGUUGGAGAGCUGAUAAAAAAUUCUCUUUAGAAAAAUUUGGUCCUUUAUAUAUUAGUCCAAAGGUAACGCUACCUCAUCACCCUCCAUGUUAUACAAUUUUUCUCGGUUAGUGAAGAAAUUUCCAAAUAAUAUUAUAUAAUUAUAAAAAUAUAAAGAAAAUUACAAUAAUUCUUUUUAAUAACCUAUACUGUCAUGUACAUAUCAUGUAAUGUAUUAUUAUUACAAUUAAGCAGCAACCUUCAUACUU